AUGGAAAUAUCAGCUCCAUCACCACCAAAUGAUAUCGAACUACGGAACAUUAUCGACAAACUAGCCGAUUUCGUGGCUCGCAAUGGACCAGAGUUUGAGUCGAUGACCAAAUCGAAACAGAGAGGCAACCCGAAGUUUGCGUUCCUGUACGGCGGAGAAUACUACAAUUACUAUCAGUACAAAGUGAUUACCAAGCAAGCAAUGAUGAAGCAGCAACAACAGCAACUACCACAGAACAUGUCUUUGCCUCCGUUGAUGGGACAGCAUGGUAUUCCUCCGUUAUUGGCUGGGUUUGCACAGCAACCGCCACCACAAGCACAACUACCCAGUGUCGCUAUGCAGCACCAGCAACAACUCCAUCAUCAACAACAGUCGCAAGCGCAACUAGCUUCCCAACUGGUACCCUCGUCGAAUCCGAACGGAAAUAGUUCAAAUAACACAAUGCCCCAAAUAUGGUCAAAUCCACCCCCGGUAAAUGCUGGACCGCCAAACACCGCGGUACAGAUGGUACCCAAUAAUAUAAAUAGUCAGUUGACGGCACAAUUGGAAGCACUUACCAAACAGCAGCAGGCGUUGACCGAACAAAUACGCCAAUCGGAAAUGAAUCUCACGGCUCAACAUGGGGUUCUGCUUCAACAGCAACAAGUGCAGAUCGACGAAGCCCUGAUUCGAGCGCAGGAAGAAAUGCUUAUCAAUCAGUCGAAGGAAUACAAUAUUCCGCUGCACGAGUUCGACAGCAAACUGCAGCCAAUAAUUGAUUCCUGCACGAAAGACAGUAUAUCCAAUGGAAAAGGCUGGAUUUUACAGCAUUGUACCGAUUCGGGAAAAUGUCAAAUUAUUUCGCAGUAUCUUUUGAGAAAGGCGUUAAUAGCUGGAGUUUUAUUUACGCAAAAAUUGCACCUGAUAUAUUUAGUAAAUGAUGUUAUACAUCAUUGUAACAAAUCUUGCAGCAUCCGGAAAAAUGCCGACGAGCUGAAAAAAUGUCUGGAAAGCGCGGUAAUUCCUAUGUUCUGCAACGCUCAGAUAACCGCCAAUGACGAGCAAAGGGUGAAACUUACUAAGCUCCUGUCGCUGUGGGAAUCAAAAGGAAACUUCUUCGAUGCCUGCGUCAUUUCGAAGCUUAAAUCUCCUCCUUCAUCGCUGCAGGAGUACCAGACCAGUCUGCUGACACAGCACGCUAAUGUCGUCGCGGCGAUUACACAAGCCACGAAAACAACGUUUGAAAACUACCAACAACAGCAUCAAGCAUUUGUGCAGCAUGCCACACAGCAAAUGGCAAUGCUGGAAAAGCAAAAACAGCAACAUCUUGAACAACACGCUCGUAAAGCAGGUGCACACGGUGCUUUGGCCGGUGGUCCUCCUCCACUGUUACCGGAACUGAUGGCAGCAGUCGUCGGAGCAAACAGUGGCGCUGUGAAUGGUGGUGGAGGUGGUGGUCUCGUUGGUCCAACACUACCUUCCGUUGGGCCGCCCGGACAACCACAACCGCCUCUGUCACAGGCUGGCGACCGUGGUGGACCUCCAUCAGGCGGUAAUGGCGGGGGACAGAUUCCCUCGCUCCUGGAUCAAAACAUCAACUUCGGCCUACUUUCGGCCGCAUUGCAAAAAUUGAAAAAUAUUCAAGACAACGGCCCACUCGGAUCGGGUGUCGGGGGAGGAAAUGCGAAUAACAUAGCGCCACCACCACCGCCUGGUCGGGAUGGUGAUAAUAGUGGAGAUUAUACGCAGCCACCUCCCAACUUCCCUAUUCCGGAUCUUUCGCGACCUCCUCCUAAUUUCCAGUACGGUGCAGCAAACCUUCCACCACCGGGUGAUGGUAUGAAUAGUAACAAUAACACUGGUGGAAUGCCUCCGGACCAUAGACACACCCAACAUCAUCCGGAUAAUCGAUCGAACGACGAACGUGAUGAUAGGCAGUUAGCUGCGCCUGGAGGUAUGAUGCUGGACGAUCGUGAUCGAGAUGAUCUAGAUCAGGAUCCAUCGGAUCAUCAAGAUGAUCACGAUCAGCAGCAGCAGGAAGAAACGGAGGAGGUUACUCCACCGACUCCUGUGAAGAUACCUUAUUUUGAGCUGCCGGCUGGUUUGAUGGUACCAUUGAUUCGGCUCGAAGAUUACAGCUAUCAUCCGCUGGAUCCGGACGAAAUUCGACUGCCUCCACCAACACCAACCAACGAUCGUUUAGUAAGCGCCGUUGAAGCAUUCUAUGCUCCUCCAAGCCACGAACGGCCACGAGAUGGUGAGGGAUGGGAAAAGCUGGCGCUGUACGAAUACUUUAAGGUGAAAAACGCUUCUCGCAAGCAGAAGGAAGAUGAAAUCGAUCGAGGUCUGCGAGACCGAUCACGGUCACCUUCACCGAUCAAUCCGGAAUUGCUGAAGGCAACCAAAAAGCAAAAAAAGCGCACUUAUCGUUCGAAAAGUCGCUCUCGCUCGCGUUCGCGCUCUCCGGCCGACAAUGGCGCACUGCACGGGGUGCAGCAACAGUCGCUGCAUGGACCGGGACGUAAUAAUCAACGCCAUCACCGAAAUCAUCGAUCGCGUAGUAGAUCUCGGUCCCGGUCACGCUCACGGUCGCCUUCUAGACGGUCUCCCUCAUCAGGCCCUCCUCCGAUGCCAGUGUCAUCCGGUGGUCGGCCGAGCCGAAGUCGAUCACCUGCUCGUCGGGGUGGUGGUGGUGGUAAUGAGCGUGAUCAUCGAGAACCGCGCGGUGGUGGCGGGCGUGAUAUUAGACGAUCACCGACUCCGCCCAGCUUUGGUGGAGGUGGGUACAUGAAAGCGGCUAGCAAUUUUCUCGACGAAAGCAGCAAACCUGGAGGCAGUGGAAUCGGAACCGGUGGUAACCAUCAGUUUCACAAUACAAUGAAGGGGGUGGGUGGUGGUGGAAUGGGCGGUUCGAGUGGCGGUAUGGGAGGAGAUCGUAUUGGGCUAGGAGCCACGAUAGAACCGAUACGACAGGAGACCUACAAUCCGGCGGAUCCUUACGAAAGUUUUCGUAAGAAUAAAGGUGCCGCUUUUAUCACUCGUAUGAAAGCACGAGCAGAUGAGCGAAACUAG